AUGCAGAUUACCAUCUUUUUGAUUGCAAAAAUCGCCAAAAGGAUCCCAGAUUUAGGUGAAAAUUGCUUAUAUACCAUCAAAAUCCCGUAUUUUAAUUUGCGAUAUGUUGUCCACAAUCUGACCUCAAAUUUCAGAAAUUGAGAAGCGUGUGGCUCCAGUUGAAAAACUGAUGGAAGACGCCACCGAAAAGCGAGAAUACGACAGAAUCGCCACGGCAUAUUCCGAGAACGCCGUGCUGAUUCAUCUUGGGGUCAGUGUCGCUAAAGGGAGAAAAGGUAAUCAUAGCCAAGCCAAUAUUGUGCUAUGUCAUUUCCAGAGAUCGCCAAAGCCUUUGAAGCUUUUGGAGGCCUCGAUUUGACUCAAGUCAAGACCGAUAAAGAGUUUGCGUUUGAUGUGAACGAUGGAGAAUAUCUGAUGAGAAAGGGCAAAUUUAGCAUCGCUGGAGGUCCAUGGUUCAAAUUUAUGCAGCUAUUUGAGAGGCAGCCCGAUGGGUCUUAUCUCGUUAUCCAUGAUGAAUUCGAGUUCCAGUAA